AAUCUGCUGUAGAGGGCGCGUUGCUCGAAUUUUUCCCAACGACAACUGUUCGCGUGAUUGUCAACGACUCCAUUUUCAUCCACGAAAAACUCAUCCGAGGGCCGAUUUUUCUCCAGAUUUCAGUAACUAACCGUGUGAUAAACGCAGAUUAACAGGAUGUUUUCACGCGUUCCCGCCGUGACAGGCAAUGUCUUGUGCAUCUUCAAUGCUGGACAACAACAACGAGGUAUGGCUACGCUCAAGACCAUUUCCAUCCGCUUGAAGUCCGUCAAGAACAUCCAGAAGAUUACACAAUCUAUGAAAAUGGUGUCAGCUGCCAAGUACGCUCGUGCCGAACGUGACUUGAAACAAGCUCGUCCUUAUGGAGAAGGCGCGAAGCAAUUUUACGAGCGUGCCGAAGUUGCUCCGCCAGAGAAGGAAAAUAAGUCUGUUUUCAUCGCAAUGACAUCUGAUAGAGGUCUUUGCGGCGCCGUUCACAGCGGUAUUGGGCGUCACAUCAGAAACGAGAUGGCAAAAACGCCCGACACGAAGAUCAUCUGUGUCGGCGACAAGUCUCGUGCAAUUUUGGGUCGUAUGUUCCCCAAGAAUGUCUUGAUGGUUGCGAAUGAAAUUGGGCGUUUGCCUCCAACAUUUUUGGAUGCCUCAAAAUUGGCGAACGAAAUUCUCAACUUGAACUACGAGUUCACCGACGGCAAAAUCUUGUACAACAAGUUCAAGUCUGUCGUCUCGUACAACUUGUCUGAGAUGAAUAUCUUCAGCUUGGCAUGCGUCGAGAAUUCCUCAAAAUUGCCCAUUUAUGAUUCCCUUGAUUCCGAAGUCGUUCGCAGCUAUUUGGAAUUCUCGCUCGGAUCCUUGUUGUUCUACGCCAUGAAGGAGGGUGCUUGCAGCGAGCAAUCUUCUCGUAUGACUGCCAUGGACAAUGCUUCCAAGAAUGCCGGCGAGAUGAUUGAUAAAUUGACAUUGACCUUCAACAGAACUCGACAAGCCGUCAUUACGCGUGAAUUGAUUGAAAUUAUUUCCGGAGCUGCUGCUUUGGAUUAAAUUUCGCUCGCCGUUACAUCAGUUCUCUGCGUUACUCUUCACACACUUGUAUUUCACGAACAGCCGUUUUAGGUGCGCAUGUUGAGCAUUAUUAAUAAUUACAAGAAGAAAUCAGAAAAUGUAUGGAGUAAAAUGGGAAAAAUAAACCAAUAAAAAACCUUCUAGUUAUCAAAAA